UCUUCUUUUAGCUGCACUCAACAUAUUAAUCAAUAGAACCUAUACUCUCCCUCUUUAGAUUUCUUUUCUAAUUUAGGAAUCCAUUUUAACAUACUAUAAAUAUUCUCUUUUAAAUGAUAGUAAUUAGGUGUGCUAAAAUGGAAUUCCCCAAAACCCCAUUUGACAAUUCACACCAAUCUGAAGAAAGGGAAGUAAGAAGGAGAACAGAUAAAAGGAAGCAAAUUGAUGGUGAAGUUAAAGAAUACAAAUCCAAGAACCUAAAGGCUGAGAGAAAUAGGCGUCAAAAACUUAGUGAAAGGCUUCUUCAAUUGCGCUCAUUAGUCCCAAACAUAACAAAUAUGACAAAAGAAACCAUAAUCACUGAUGCCAUCACCUACAUUAGGGAGCUACAAAUGAAUGUGGACAACCUAAGUGAGCAGCUUCUUGAAAUGGAGGCAACUAACGGGGAGGAAUUGGAGACAAAAAAUGAAGAGAUUAUCGAUAAUGCAGAGGAGAUGGGAAAAUGGGGCAUAGAGCCUGAAGUUCAAGUGGCUCAGAUUGGUCCAACUAAGCUUUGGAUAAAAAUAGUCUGCCAAAAGAAAAGAGGUGGAUUUACUAAACUGAUGGAGGCAAUGAAUGUUCUUGGAUUUGAUCUUAAUGACACCAGUGCCACUGCCUCUAAAGGAGCUCUUCUUGUUACUUCAUCUGUGGAGGUAGGAGAGACAUAUGUUAAAAAAGUGGUUCGUGGUGGACUAACUGAAGCUAAUCAAAUCAGAGAGAUCUUGCUGGAGAUCAUCCACGGAAUCUACUAGCACCAGCAUUGAGUCCCUAAUUAGUCUAAUAGCUUUAGUCUCAUUGUAGUACUCUAUUACCUACAUUAUAUCCUAAGAGGAAUUUAAAAUUCUUGAAGAAAUGCCAGAGUACCUCUAAUUUUUAGUUAUGGUGUCAAAAAGGAUUCAAUCAUGUUUUCCAAAUAUUGUAUCCAAAUUGUCUGAAAAGAGCUUGUGUUAACUCUUGUUUUUUCUUUCAAAUAUUGAUGAAGCAACAUAUCAUAUGUUGCUAAUUACUUUUU